AUGCAGAGGUCGCAGGGGACGACCCUCAAGCAGCCUGGCCAGGUGGUGCCUUCAUCCAUCCCUCACAAACAGCAGCAGCAGCGCACACAAGAUGCCGGUGCUAGCUUCGCCAACCACCACCAUCAACAGCAUCAUCCACAGCAGGACGACCAGGAGCAACAGCAGCAUGCUUCAUCAGACGCUCCUUACACGGCCGCCCAGCGGCCGUCGCCUUCAACCCUACAGAGUGUCUCUAAGAAAGACAGCGUGGCGGUCCCCGCUCCGGAGAGCAGCUACUGCUUUGGCCCUUCCGGAAGAAAGGAGAAACUUCGCCGAAUCCAAAUAAGCGGCGAUACAACUUGGAUUGGAAGUGGAGCAUAUGGGUGCGUUGCUUCGUUUGAGGAAACCGCUGAAAAGGCGGUAUCUAAAGUGGCUGUAAAGAAGAUAGGUGACCUCUUCAGGGAUCUCGUGGAUGCCAAACGAAUCUUGCGGGAGAUUAAGAUUUUGAAAGCACUACAGCAUGAGAAUAUGAUCCACCUUAUUGAAAUUUUAGACCCACUGACACCGGCAAACGUGAUUCAUCGAGACCUCAAGCCCAGCAACAUCCUAGUCAACUUGAACUGCGAUGUAAAGAUCUGUGAUUUUGGGCUUGCAAGAGGAGUUACGGAUACCAGCAAUAACGCAGCAACAGAAUUUCAGCAACAGUCAGCAGGUUCCCCAGUCGAAGGGCUUGGAGAUUCUCAGCUUUGCGCAAUGGAGAUGGAUGGAGAGUCUCAGCACGGCUCGUCAAGCAAUGCCCAUACCAGCAGCAGCAGAAGCGGCCCUUCGGCGCGCCUCGUUGGUCGCUCCUCUUGGGCUUCUCUUCAGCGCACAAUCGAAGCAGCGGCUGCACCCGCAAACGAGGGAAUCUCGUUUUCUUCGCUUUUCCCAGGUGCAUGUCCGCAAGCGCUUGAUCUGUUACGUCGGUUGCUGGCGUUCAACCCGAGCAAACGGAUAACUGCGCUGGAAGCCCUUAGGCACCCCUAUUUUAAGGGCUUGUAUUGCCAAGAAGACGAACCGAAAGCGACGCAGCCAAUGGACUGGUCCUUCGACAACUUUCGUCCCACGAAGCGGUUAUUGCAGAAUAUGAUAUACAAGGAAAUACUAUCUUUUCAUCCAAACAUCGCGUUGAGGGACAAGGCUUUGUUGCAGAUGCGGGGAAUAACGACACAGCAGCUUUUACCACUGCUUCCCAAGCAACUCGGGGCGUCUCUGCUGCAACUCGACCACGAGUUGCAGCAGCAGCUGCAGCAGCAGAAGAUACAGCAGCAGUUGCAGGAACAGCUCGAAAGACAGCAGCAACAACAGCAGCUGCUACUGCAACAGCAACAGCAGCGCAAUCCCUUGCUUCAUCGUUCCUGCUGCAGCGCGCCUGCAGACUCUUCAUCUGCUGGCCAGUCGGCGGAAGAAUUGCAGCAGCAGCAGCAGCAGCAG